AACAAACUUAGGUACGAAGAACACUCGCGUGUCGAUCGACGCUCAGUGCGGACGUCAAAUUUUUUUACUGCUCUUUUGCUCUAUAUGUUCUUCAUAUUAUCACUUGUACACAAGUACAUACACAUAUAAAUGCUGAAGUGAUUGUUGUUGUAGUAGAGAUUAUUUUUACGUUAAACAACACCAGACACAGUACAACGGUGUGCAAAUUUGGCGUACAUCAAGGAUAAGGUGUUUGGAAGACGAAAAGAUUAUUUAAUUAAGGGCAUCGCAUCACGGGAUGGAGAUAAGGCAGUGUAUUUUAUUUUUGAUCUCUUCAGCACUCUUAGCUUUAGUGUCUGCACAGUUUAGUUUUACGGGUGAUCUUCCACCGGGACCAUACUGCCCCAUGGUUGGAUGUUGCGGCGGUCGUAAGGAUGAAUGUUCUAAACCUAUUGUAGGAACCCUAUGCUAUUGUGACGAUUUUUGCGAAAAUCGCACUCACUAUUUACACCCCGAUGUCACUAACAAUGAUUGCUGUCCUGAUUAUUAUUCCUUCUGUAAGGGUAUUAUUCCACCACCAGAGGAAAUAUUCGCACCUGAGUGUAAAUUUAAUGGAAGAAAGGUUCAAUGGCGUAACAGCGUAAAAAGCAAUUGCAAUCUCUGUAAAUGUGAAAAAGUUGGACAGAACAAUUUUGAAAUGCUGUGUGAAACUGACGUUUGUAUAGUGGAAUCUGAUAUUCUCGACACUGUAAAUUCAGAUAGUCGACGUUAUGGAUGGGCAGCAUCCAAUUACUCAGAGUUCUGGGGACACAAACUUGCUGAAGGAAUUGCGAAAAGACUUGGAACCUUAGAACCUCACAGAUUCGUGAAGCACAUGGUUCCAUUGAGAAAACAUUACGACCCCAACUCAUUGCCUCGCAAUUUUGAUGCGGAGCGGGAAUGGCCCGGAAAGAUUUCAGACAUUCGGGACCAAGGAUGGUGCGCAUCGUCAUGGGCCAUUUCUACAGCAGCCGUUGCAUCUGACAGGUUUGCUAUCGUUUCAAAAGGGGACGAAGCCGUUAGCCUUAGUCCCCAGUAUCUCAUUUCCUGCAACAACAGGGGACAGCGAAGCUGCGAAGGGGGACAUCUAGAUAAAGCGUGGCUGUUUUUCAGGAAAUUUGGUAUCGUUGAUGAAAACUGUUUUCCCUACACUGGUCAAGAAGAAACAUGUCGAUUUCCUAGGAAGUAUAAUUUGAUCCAGUCGGGAUGCGUCCCACCGUUCGGUGUGAACCGAAAAGAAAAGUACAAAGUAGCACCUGCUUACCGUUUGAGAAAUGAAACUGACAUUAUGAAUGAUAUAAUAAAAUCGGGACCUGUUCAAGCAACCAUGAAAGUAUACCACGACUUCUUUUUGUACAAAAGUGGAAUAUAUAGGCACACCGACUUAUCUUCCCAAGACAGAACUGGAUACCAUUCAGUUAAGAUAAUAGGAUGGGGAGAUGAGUAUACUGAAAAUGGCGUCGAAAAAUACUGGAAAGUGGCAAACAGCUGGGGGAGAGCAUGGGGUGAAAAUGGCUAUUUCAGAAUUAUUAGAGGUGUCAACGAAUGUGACAUCGAAUCGUUUGUAUUAGGAGCUUGGCCAUUAACAGUGGAUCCGAAUACAAAAAAUGACGUGUUGAAAAAGAAAAAAUAGUUCCUCAAAAAUGGUUACCUAUUUGAAAUGAGUGCCAUGAAAGAUAAAAAAAAAAUAAAUAUAUAUACUGCCGAAAAUACUUAUUAAUACGAAAAUUUAUAACUGCCAUUGCUCGUGUUCUCUGACAACUAUAGCGUGUUGAAAUUAAAAUUUUUAUUUAUAUGA